AUGUCACACCUUCCCUUCGGAAGGCAUGAUGACGUCACACCUUCCCUUCGAAGGCUCCCUUCCAAGCUUGGAAGGAGACCUCGUGCUGACGUCACACCUUCCCUUCGGAAGGCUCCCUUCCGAAGCUUGGAAGGAGACCUCGUGCUGACGUCACACCUUCCCUUCGGAAGGCAUGAUGACGUCACACCUUCCCUUCGGAAGGCUCCCUUCCGAAGCUUGGAAGGACCCCUCGCGACACGCGAUGACGUCACACCUUCCCUUCGGAAGGCAUGA